CUCUUCUUCGCAUAACUAUUAGUUGCGAGGAAAUUUACAUACAAAGACUACAUAUGUACAACAAAAAACUACGGGGCGAUUUCAUAGAUCCAGAAAUUGAUUUUAGAGGUUCAGUGGCCAAUCGGUCAAAGCUAAGCAUUUGUACUUUACCGCCGAUAAAUACAAUCGUUGGUGAAGGUCCAAAAUCAACCCAUGCAAAAGUUUUUGCAGAACAAUACAUUCAAGCCAAACAUAGUAUCGAUCAGAGAACACCAGUGCCGGUUGUAGCACCUCAGAAAACCCAAAGUAUUUCUUUAGCAAAAAGAAGAGGAGACAAGAGCUCUAGAAUUGCUAGCGGAAAUAUAUUUUCCGGUUGGAGUAAGAGAAUCAGUACAUUUGGAAAUAUAAUGGAGAGCUUUGAGGUGAAAGAAGCAAAACAGCGCUCUGUAUCUUUACCACAAUAUCACGCUACUACGAACAUCAAAAAUUCAGUACAUUUCCCACCACAACUAGAGUCCCACCCACAUCCACAACCAGAGUUACUUCCACAUCCACGACCACAGCAAAAGCUACUACGUCCACCUAACCCUGAUCAUGGAAUUAUUGUAAAUGCACAGCAGACCAUAAACAAAUCCCAUAAACACAGGCAAAAGCCACGUUAUAAGUCUUCUUCUAUCAAAGAUAACCAUCAGUGUCAUCGGAAAAAGGUCUCUUUCGGUAAUAAUAAUUUUACCAACCACAAACCUUUUGUUCCGGUUCAUAGAGAUACUUCUCAGGUUACAGGAAAUAAACUGACCGAAUGCCACCCUAUCGGCGGAUUAAAAAAUCAACUGGAAAAUAGAUACGUGAAAGUUGAAGAUGACCUACUUACCAAUUUCUCUAAUGACUCUAGUACUUCACUAGUAUCAAAAUUAUUGGAAUCUUAUUCACGUAUGAAUUUAGAACAGCAAUCCUUUGAAAAAGCAAAAAUGCCAGAUAGCCCAGGAGCCAAAGCUCUUCAGUUAAACCCAGUCGAAGAACAAAAAGCCACCAAACGAUCGAUGACGGGAGGUACGUCUACUCAUGAUUCAACGAGUACAAAUAACGACCUGUUUUCAUUUACUCACAGUUCUUAUACAUCCGGUUCUUCGGAGUUUGUGUCGUUACCGGAAACUGGAAACGAAGAUGGUAAUUCCUAUCCAAACGCUCUACAGACAACCAACUAUAACAAAGAGCUACCACCUGUACCUCUCAAAAAAAUGGACCAGUCAAUCCUUCGAGAUUAUAGCGGGGCUGAGCAAGACCCAAAAAUUGUUGAUAGCUCUGUUCCUCCAGAGGUUCCAAGGCACCAAAUUUUACCUAGUUCCAACUCUCAGCAUGAGAGUUUUGAACUAUUCUAUGAUUGUGAUACCUUUUCCUUUACCUCCUCAAAAAAAUCUCUCGAGAGAAAUGAUACCAAAAUAAUGGAAAGAAAACCUGAGAAGAAGGAAUACUUUCCCGAAGAUACUGCUAUAUUUACGAGGAAAAGCCGACAAUUGAAAGGAAAAAAAAAACCUGUUCCUAAUAGCAAAGAUAGAACUACUUCGUGGCAAUAUUUAGAAAAAGUUGGAAUAGAACCAUUCAUGCUUAGCGGUUAUCAGAGUGAUACUCCCCUUAAAGUCAUUAAUCAAUGAUCGGUAAUUCUUUAUAUAGUAUGUAAAAUUGAAUGAUAACUUUCAAAAA